UUCUUUUGUAAAUUUAGCAAAACAAAUGUUAAAUGAAAAUGGACAUCCUUUAUGGAGGUCAACACCUCCUAGAAAUGGCCAACAAGAUGAACAAAAAACAAACGUUCAACCUAGCGGUUCUCCUACCUUUUUACCUACAGAAUUCAAAAUUGGUGGAAACGCUGGGGCACCUCUCACACGUGCUGAGAACCCUGAUGGAAAAAAGGUAUCUUAUUUGAUUUUUGGUCUCAUAUUUCGUAACAUUUCUAUUUUUGCUCGUAGUCAGACUUCGUACCAGGUGAUCUCGAAUGGUUGUUCAAGGAUACAUCGGAUUUUAACGGAUGAGGAAAGGUUUCGAGGAUGUAAAACACGUUGGACAGAACUUGAAGUUCACGGACGUGUCAAAAACAUUUCGUCUGGUUUAUUUGAAAUGCGCCAUUUAACAGCUCUUUUCCUUGGAAAUAAUCAACUUCAAGUAAUACCUUCUGGAAUUUCACAACUUUGUAAUCUUACUUUGUUGGACCUUUCGCACAACAAAAUACGAAAUCUACCUAAAGAGAUUGGAGACAUGGUUAGUGUCCUUUUAUCACCUUUCCUUUUUUGUGACAGAUUAUCUGAACCUUAUUGUUUACUUUUAAGAAAUAUUUUUAAGAUUUCUCUCUGCCAUCUCUAUUUAAAUUCAAAUCAGUUAAGAGUGUUACCUUAUGAACUGGGAAAGUUAUUUCGGCUGCAAACUUUCGCAUUGGCACACAACCCUCUUUCUCCAGAAAUCAGCAAAAUUUAUCAAGAUUUAAAUGGAGACAAGAAAUUAUUGCAAUAUUUAUUAGAUCAUCUUGCUUUAAAUAUUAUUCCGCCUCCAGAACGAAAUUGGAUUGCAGCUAGAAAUAUUGAUCCGGACAAACCAAUUGCCACAUUUACCAUUCUUUGUUACAAUGUUUUGUGUGAUAAAUAUGCCACUUCAAAUCUCUACUCUUAUUGCCCACAAUGGGCACUUAAUUGGGAGUGCAGAAAACAAUACAUCCUCAAAGAGAUUUUCAAUUAUAGCGCUGAUAUAAUUACAUUACAGGAAGUUGAGACUGAGCAAUUCAAAACUUUAUUUCAACCAAAGUUGGAGGUGGAAGGAUAUUCUGGCGUAUUUUACCCAAAAUCACGGUCAAAAACUAUGAAUGAAGAAGAAAAAAAGUAUGUCGAUGGAUGUGCAAUUUUUUGGAAGAAAGACAAGUUUGAAAUGGAAAGAAAUCAACCAAUUGAAUUUACAAAAGUAGCAAUUGAAAAAGCACAAGCACAUGAAAAUAUGCUUAAUCGAGUAAUGCCUCGUGACAAUAUUGCUUUGGCAGCUGUUUUGCGUAUUAAAGACAACCUUUAUGGACCCCAUCGAGUACCUCCUAACACAAAUGAUAAUGUUAGUGGAAGUCUUUUGGUUGUCUGUACAGCACAUAUUCAUUGGGAUCCAGAAUUUUGUGAUGUAAAAUUAAUCCAGUCAAUGAUGUUAGUUUACGAAUUGCAAAAAUUGUUGGAUAUUGUUGCCGUAAAAUAUAGUUUAAAUGUUCAACAGAUUCCUGUUUUGAUAUGUGGAGAUUUUAAUUCUUUACCUGAUUCUGGUGUUGUUGAAUUUUUAAGUAAAGGAGCAAUAUCAAAAGAUCAUCCAGAUUUGAAAAGUUUCAGAGAGGAAAGCUGUCUAAGUUGUUUAUCAUCAGAUUUGAAGGAUCAAAGAAAUUUUACUCAUUCACUACGUCUUGAUAGCGCUGUUGAUACUGCACAGAUUCCGUACACCAACUAUACGCUUGACUUUAAAGGAACGAUAGAUUAUAUAUUCGCAACACCACAGUCUUUGGCACGUCUUGGUACUCUUGGCCCACUUGAUUCCACUUGGGUUCAACAGAACAAGUUUGUUGGUUUUCCUCAACCACACGUGCCUAGCGACCACAUUCCAAUAAUGGCACAAUAUGCAGUUAUUCCGGCAUCACACCAAAGAUCUCUGCCGCCUAUACAGCACUAUGGAUCGUCACAUUCGGGAGGGUUUGGUGUUAUUGGAAGAUGAUGAUGCUUACCUUUUUAUGGUGAAUGCAACAUCAUCACCCUUCAAUUUACUACAGUCAAGUAUUUACACUUCUCGGCCAAAAAAUGUACAAAGGUUUUCUUUGUUCCUCAUUUCAUCUUUUUUUAUUCACCUCGUGGCUGUCACAUAUACAUCGUCUUCUCUUUUUUAAGUGUAAAAUUCCCUUUCUUACCACCUACCCCUCUUAUCGUUUUAAUCAGCUGCCGUAUCAUCAUCAUGUUUAUUUUUACUUUUAUUUUUUUUAAUUCCUAUGUUAGUUUAUAUAUUAAAUUUAAAAAAGAAAAUAGCCACCAAUUUAUUGUAUUU